CCGUCCCUUGUCAGCAGCAACCGCGACACCAUCUUCCUAUCCCUUUUUUUAUUAUUUCUUCUUUUCUGGCUGUACCAUAUCGUGCUGAUGCUUUUUCUCUGCCCUCCCUUUUCUGCUUUUGUCAUUCCGCAUAGCGUGGGUUUGAUCUUGCAGGACUACCUUUUUUCGGCUCCUGUCCUAAUUAUGUGCUUCAUGUCAUAUCACGGUCAUGUCAUGUCAUUCCUUCAUUCGCUCGUUCGCUCUUUCGUCCGACUUGGACGCGGAGUCAUCUGCAUCGCCUAUACUCAGGUCAUGACAGUUGCCGACCGGCCCAGUCUGGGCGGGUGGGCAGGUGCUGCGCUGGUCGCGGGCUACCUGCCUCCUACAUACACUCACACUAACACACACACCCUGAUGUACCAUCAUUAUUGCUCGACAUGACUGAUGCUCUACUGUUACCAAUUACUAUCCAUCUGCUGUUGACUGGUUUGGAUUGUUGUUGUCGUUAUU